AUGCUUCGAACGGCCCUCCUUGGGCUUCUCUUCAUUACCACUGCCAAAGCUCAGUUUCAGUUCUUUGAGCAAAUGUUUGGCGGCGGCCAACAGCACCAGGAAUCCUCAAGUCAAGGCGGGAAUGUACCAAGUGAUAGUGCGUGGUAUCAGAAUACCUACAAUGGAGCCCAAUGUUCCAAUUACCUUUGCCCAGGAACCCUAGCCUGCGUCGCCGUUCCGCAUCAUUGCCCUUGCGCACACCCCCAAGUUGAGGACAAGUUCGAGUUUGGUGAAGGGAGCGCCAUAUGUGCAUCUAAGGGUGGCUUCAAAGCUGGUGAAACAGCUAGGAAGAUAGAACUUGCUCGAAAGGGACUGUUAUGA